AUUAGCUGAAAUUGAAGAGGCCGGAACGGGACGAGAACCAUAAUAAAAAUAAACUGCAACCAUAUUCCCUUCGAAGUUGAAAAUCGUACGCCAUCCUUCUGAGUGAGUGAAGCAGGAUCCUUGCUCGUUGAGUGUGCAAUUCAAUCAUCAUCCGUGCUGUGAUCAAGAGAAAAAUCUGUAAUGGAUUUCUAGAAGGACUCAUAGAAAAAACCGUUGGAAGAAGUACGAAGGAGCCUUGAAUAGUGAGCAAGAAAACGUUUGACAGAAUAUAGAAGGGUAGAACAAACCAGUGCUACAUAUAGUAUAAAUGGAUUUUUAGUCCCGGAAGUGUAAGUAACAAAUAAUGACAAAGGCGUCUCGAAAAGGAGCAUCAGUGCAACAGAAAGGACCCGUUAAGCCUUUGUUAUCUCCCCAGCAGGAAGAAGAGGUUAAAGCAAUUCAUGCUGAAGAUGAUGAUUCAUAUAACUCAGGUUUUGGCGCUUAUUUGCGGUCAGCAGAAGGAAGCGAAAUGAUGAAACUCUUCGUCAUGGCGAACUCGAUCCUUGUUAUACUCACUAUGGCUUGGCCCAGCAUGAGGGAAUUCGCUGAGUGGCUGAAGGAGUUUUUGAACUACUACCUUUAACUUACCAACAACAAAUUGGAGACAAAGCU